UGUUUUCUAUUUUCAAGUGUUGGCUAAAACUAAGUUUGCGAGGCAGUAGCUCGAUCGCUAGCUAACCGGUUACAAAAUUGUUCGGAAUUGUAUAUUUUUGUACACUUUCACGAUUAAGACAUACUUGGAAUUUGUCGAUCUUCACAGAAGGGGAUAAUGAGGAUGGACACUUGGUUACAGAUGGAUUUCACUCAUUGGGAAGAUACAAAUCAGUGGUUGCGGUUACUGUUCUUAUUCUGAAUUCGCUUGUGGGAGCCUCGAAGCAUGCACCGCUGUAACGUUAGACAGUUGUUUUAUGAAUAACUGCCUUCUGAUGCGAACAAAAAUGGUGAAUUUUGCGGUGUAUUUCCCCGCCUUGACUGCGUCGUCGAUGCUACUUCCAGGAUUUGGAUCCCCGUGAGAAAAAAUGAGCGAAGAUUCAGCAAAUCCAAACAACGAUGACAGUUAUGCGCGUGUGCGAGCAGUGGUCAUGACUCGCGAUGACUCCAGCGGCGGGUGGUUGCCCCUGGGAGGUGGAGGCCUCAGCUGCGUGUCAGUCCACAGAGUCAGCCGCCCGGACGCCGACAGCCCCGCUGCCACCGAUUACCUCAUCCAGGGGGAGCGGCUCAAAGACAAAUUGGUUGUGCUGGAAUGUAACAUAAAGAAGGACCUGGUCUAUAACAAAGUCAACCCCAUCUUCCACCACUGGAGGAUCGACAACAAGAAGUUUGGGCUUACGUUCCAGAGUCCGGCCGAUGCCCGGGCCUUCGACCGCGGGGUACGGCGUGCCAUGGAGGACAUAAAGCAAGGCUGUCCGGUGUACGGGGACUCUGACAUGGCUGAAGAUGGGCUGCAGGUUAACCAGGAUCCACCCUCCAUCUGCACGCCCAUGAGAGAACCUUUUUCACCCCAUGGCGGAGUGGUGUCCACUGAACCUUUCCAUGGCUGUUACGUGCGUGCCCAGCCUUUCGAUGAGUUCCCCAUCCCCAAUCGCCGCUACCUGCCCCCCCAGGGCUCUUUCAACUCAGCGCGACAUGUGAGCUUUCACAUGGACGAUGAGGAGAUUGUGCGCAUAAACCCCCGCAAGGACGUUCUCAUCCGGGGCUAUGAAGACUACCGACAUCCUGUCCUGUGGAAGCAGGAGACCGAGCGGGACGACGGUGACUUCUCCGCCGCCUUCUCCAAGCUGGACGGCAAGAAAGCUGAGUAUCUGUUCCCAGACGGGACAGAGGCGCACGCCGGUGGCAAGGACUCCAUCAAGACCCAGCAACCGUCGCCACUGCUUAAGCCCAAGAAGUCUCGGCGGCGGGAGGACGGCGAACGCUCACGCUGCAUCUACUGCCGUGAGAUGUUCAACCACGAGGACAACUGGCGGGGUCAGUGCCAGGACGCACCUGACCCCAUCAAACAGUGCAUCUACAAGGUCAGCUGCAUGCUGUGCGCCGAGAGCAUGCUCUACCACUGCAUGUCCGACUCAGAGGGCGACUUCUCGGACCCCUGCUCCUGUGACGCCAGCGAGGAGCAGUUCUGUCUGCGCUGGCUGGCCCUGCUGGGCCUGUCGCUGGUGGCGCCGUGUAUGUGCUGCUACCCGCCGCUGCGAGCCUGUCACCACUGCGGCGAAGCCUGCCAUUGCUGUGGCGGCAAGCACAAGGCUGCCGGCUGAGGCCCCACCCACGCCUAAAGCACCUCACGGCCACGUGGGGAAGGAAGCGCCGCCGGCAUCGUCUUUAUUUUUCCAGCCGCCCCGAGACGGGCGAGGCACCGCGCCGCUGGAGGCUUCGGAGGUUUGAUUUGCUGAGAGCAGCAUAGGCUGAGCCGCCGGGCCUCUCGGGUUCUCGGGGGCCGCACCACAGAGCUCCCAAUGCGAGGAAAGGCGUUCACACAAAUGAACUCUGAGAGAUCACGAAACACUCACAAACAUGCAAAAAAAAAGACCAAAAAAGAGGGAAAAAAUUACUCAACAUAAAAAAGCAAGUCACCAUAUCAGACUUUCAUUACAGAUAAUGUGUAACCUUUGUGAAGGAAAAUUGUCUUUUGUACAGAGAUCAAAAGUAUAACAAACAGAACAAAACAAUUGUGCAUACAGAAGAUCUGCUGUAUGGUUAUGCUAAAAGGGAUAUUUUUCUUGCUUUUUGUGAAUUUGCAGUAGGGUAAAAGUGGCCUUUUCUUUUGACUCAAACAUUCGCUGACUGUGUAAUUAUUAGACAAAAAAAGUGCACUAGAUGUGUGUUCUCCCAUGAAAGGUAACCCUCAUGAAUUGUAAUGGUACAUAAACAAAAAACCACCUUGAACAAGUUUUAGGAGUACAGAUUGUUUACUGUGAUGGGUGUGUUUUCCUCCUUUCUUUUUCAUUGUUUUGUAAAAGACAGUCAUGUCAUUUCUUUUGAAAUGGUAGUUUGACAUAUAGCCUUUAUUAUGAAUUGUGCUAAUGUUUAAAAGACAUCCAUGUGUAAUUUCCUAAAUGAUGUGGCCCACAUCAGUGCAUUCCAGCAUAGAGUGUUAGUGGACAGCUGUGAAAUGGUAUCAUCUAGCCCCAGUCAUUCCUUCUAUUUCCACAUGAGCAUCAAUGGUGUAACCGAUUAGUCAUGAUUCCAGGAAUGCUCAUUUUCAAUAUAAUUUCCUGUUUACCAGAGUGAAACUGGGUUCCUUUCAGCUUAAUUGUCCUGAAGCUGAAAUUGUGCUCAACCAGCAAGUAAUUGUUUGGUACUUUUAGGCACUGUUGUGAUUGUUAAAAGCAUGUCUAGUUUCCAUGACCGAGCAAGGCACUUGUGUUGUAUUAAGGAUAACUAAAUUUGAGUUCACUCCUACAAACCCUAACCCUUAUAAAAGCACUCGUUUCCAAGCUUUGGUUAGAGCUCCAUCUCCAGAUGUUCCUUUUGUAUUCCAUAUAGUAUCUAGUCUGUGUUUUUCUGUCAUUGUUUUAAGAGGUUAUCAACAUAACUUAAUUUUUGGUGCCAGUGCAAAGAAGAGCCCAUACAAACCUGCAGUUAAACACACAGAAACUUUAUGCACACCAAGGCAUUUCCUUUCAUUAUUUCUGCAAUUCACGACGAGGUUUAAAAAAGUGAGUCUCAACAUUAUAAACUGCAUGCAUGUCAAAGAUUUAUCAGUUGGAUUCGCAUGGCAUUGUUGCAGAAAUCGUGCAAGCAAUUAUCAUUUGGGUUAAAAGAAACAGCAGCACUACAUAAAAAAAGCAGCACUAGCUAACUAAGUUUUUAAGUAUCACCCAAAUGAAUGUUAGCAGGAGAGAUGCCCCAUUGUUUUGAGGUCUGUGUCAGUUUUUCCAAAAAAGGUCUUUCUGAGUUCUCUGUGCUCUUUACAUCAACACAGUUUACUUUCUAUGCAACUAUCUCCAUGAGAAACAUAGACCUCUUCAUACAAGUCAGUGACAUGACACUUUAAUAUAGAUGUUAAUCUUGCUACCAAACUCAAAAGCAUAUGUAAAUAAGUAACACUAUAUUUAAGCAACAGUAAUAAUCCCAUUCAAAUUUUUAAGAGUUGUAUUUAUCACCGCUGUCAGCAUAUAUUAUAGCUUGAAUUGACAGCAUUAUGUACAUAGGUCACCUUUUAGUAUUAUUUCACAUUGAAAGUAGAGGGAGUACAUGAUGAAAAUGAUUGAGCUUUUAAUAGAGGUUCUCUCUAGUUUUGUAUUGCAAAAAGGCUAGAAACUGAAUGCGGUACAGUAGUGGCACUCCUCUUUUAAAAUGUUUUGUCAUAUGAAGCUGCUAGAAACAAUCACUAAUUUUGCAUUGAGAGGAAUAAAAUUCAGCUACGGAUGACUGUUAAAACAUAGUUCUUUAGUAUAUUGGUCACAGUUGUUUCAUUUUUGUUUGUUUUUUAAUACACCCAAUUUAAUUGUUGAAACUUAUUUCAUAAAUCUCAUAUUGUAAUUGGAUUACUUUUUAUAUUGCAAGCUGAACCAAGGUUUGAUAAACCUUAACAAAACUUGCUGGCUGAGAAGCAAAUUGUAGGAUAGGCUACAUUCAUACAGUUCUAUUAUAGACAAAUUCUGUAAGACCUAGUUUCAUUCUGCAUUAACCAGCACAGUGCCACCACAUGUGAUGUGCUGUAUUUAUUAUGCAAGCUGUCUUUCUUGCCUUCCUUCCACUUUGCCAUUAACUUAGCAUUUAUCUGUUCUGUUUUUACCACUUGCUGCUAGUCUUUUUUUUUUUAUUUUUGGACAUUGUGCAUAACUCUGGAAUGCAUAAAAGAUUAACAUGCUUUGCAGUUUAGAAAAAUGCAUAUGUAAAUGUCAUUUCGGUGUGAUAUAAAAAAAAACAACAACAACAACAAAAAAAAAAACAGAUAAUUUCACAGCAGUUCAGUGGUUUCUUUGGAAUUCUCCAAUGCUUUGGUGCACUGAUAUGUAGCUAGGCUUUUCCUUUAUAUGGCACUUGGUGUAAAGCUCAUGUGAUUAGUUCUGAGUUGUGAAAACAUUUGUGUUAUGGUAAUUGCAGUAUAAAUGGUACUCUGAUGAUUCCACUAUGAACACUGCCUGUUUCUUUAUCUGCAUCUCUAAGUUUUAGUGCCAUUUGCUUCACCCACUGACAACCUCGAAAAAGUGCCUCACGUCCAUCAUAAUUUUCAUCCAAAACUUAACAGCUCUUGCUAUGGUUGUAUUGGUUUAUACAUGUCUAGGUAUUUGUAUCAUGGUUUGAAAAUACCAAGUAUAUGAUGUAAUAUUUAUAGUUCAGUAACUCACGUCAUAGUUGUAUUUUCUUUAUACGGAUGUAGCUUGUUACGUUUCAUAAAUAUAUAAUGUAAAUAUGCAUACAAAUGUUUGUAACUGUUUUUAUGUUACAUCAUACACUUGUAAUUUGACAUAUAAAAUAACAUUACCAUAAUAAAAGGUGAGUUUUAAUGUA